AGACACACUGCUCAACUGAGGGAGUCUGAGUGAGUGAGACACAUGGAAACUAAGAAGAACAGACAGUAGAAAGAAGGACAUGUGAACAGUGACAUUUUUACUUUGUAUGGGAGGCAGGAAACAAGACAACUACCUGUGGAGAUGGGAAGUACAACCCUCCCAGUGUACCUCAAUGUGAGUGCAGGGAUGAUCAACUCGUCAUCGGACCCAGCUAAGACUGAGGAGGGUUACAGUGAGGCAACAAUGAUCCUGCUGGGCAUGAUCAUGUCCUUACUCGUCCUGUGCAUUGUCUUUGGCAACAUCCUGGUCAUAAUAGCAAUUGCCCGCUUCCAGCGUCUCCAAAAUGUCACCAACUGUUUCAUCACAUCCCUUGCCUGUGCUGACCUAGUCAUGGGUCUCAUUGUGGUUCCUUUUGGUGCCUGCUACAUCAUCUUUAAGACUUGGCACUUUGGUAGUUUCUGGUGUGAGUUCUGGACUGCGACUGAUGUGCUCUGUGUGACUGCAAGCAUCGAGACCCUGUGUGUCAUAGCUAUUGACCGUUAUUUGGCCAUCACCUCUCCCUUCCGCUAUCAGUCGAUGCUGACCAAGGGCAAGGCUCGCAUUGUGGUUGUGCUGGUGUGGGUGAUUGCCGCCUUGAUAUCUUUCCUGCCCAUCCACAUGAAGUGGUGGAUAUCAGUUGAUAAGGAAGCUAAGGAUUGCAUUGAGGACAGUAGCUGCUGUGAGUUCUACACAAACAUGGCUUACGCCAUUACCUCCUCUAUCAUCUCUUUCUACAUCCCUUUGGUCAUCAUGGUUUUUGUCUACAGCCGCGUUUUCCAGGAGGCCAAGCGCCAACUGAAGAAGAUUGACCAAAGCGUUGGACGUUUUCACAACAGCGACAACAGCAACCUCCAAUCUCUGGAGGCCAAUAAUGGGCGUGGCAACAAGAAGGCCAAAUUUUGCCUACGGGAACACAAAGCCCUAAAGACACUGGGCAUCAUUAUGGGGAUCUUUACUCUGUGCUGGCUGCCCUUCUUUCUGCUCAACGUGGUGGUGGCCAUAUGGAAGGUGGAGGACAUUGACCUUACCUUCAGGAUACUUAACUGGAUAGGUUACGCAAACUCUGCCUUCAACCCACUCAUUUACUGCCGGAGUCCUGAGUUCAGGUAUGCCUUCAAGGAAAUCCUCUGCAUGAAGAGGAACCGCCUCAGCAAUGCGGGGCCCAUGAACGGAUAUGUCUACAGCAGGCACAGCUGGCAGAGCGAACAGCAAGGGAGAAGUAAGGGCAGCUUGGAUGACAGUGACACUAAUGAAGGGUGUGUGGGAAAGGGAGCAGGGGUCUGCAGCAGUGUGGAUAGAUCAGUGGACCCCAACGGAAAUUGCAACAAAGGCCUAUCGACUGUAACGACUGUCCUUUAAACCCAGAGCCCUGAGACUUCUGUCAACAGGGUGAUCAAGGCAUGUUUACACUGCUAUCAUAAACCUUUUUCCAAUUGACUAAUGAAGGUAAGGCCAGUCGAACUGACGGGUAGAAACUGCUUUACAGAAACUGUAAUAAUCAUGUUCAGCUGAGGAAACUAUUUAUUUUCCUCUUUUAACCCUGAAUAACAACUGUAGGUAGAUCACC